CAUCAACUCAAUCACAAUCGACCUUGCUGACUGGUUCAUACUCUGUUUUUCGCGAGAGUAUCAUCGUCUUCAAAGAAUCAUCAACACGUCACGUUGAUUUCUGACAUCACUAUCCAAUUGAUCACAAGACUAUUCGCAGGUUUAACUGUGAUGGCGCAAGAUUGUUACGACGUCUGCAAGAAGUGCAAUAGAAGUUCUCAAGAAUUAAAACCAGUGGAUAUUAUUCAUUUAUAUCCCCAAUUACAUUUUCCUUUAAUACAAGAUACACCUUAUCUUCUUGAAGAAGAUUUCAUUAAAAAUAAGCAGAAUCAUCAACAUUCUCUUAACCGAAACAACAGAAAUUUGUUGCCUGAGUAUCAUAAUCUAUGUGAAACUAUAACAAAAAAAGUGCAAUUAGAUGAUUCUGAAUACGAGUAUCAACCGCCCUAUUAUCAUGAAAUCUACUGUAAAAGUUAUAAUUUGUUAGAUAAUUUGCGACGUGCUGUAAAUCUAUCAAAACAGAAAUGCGUGCAUAAUGGUUUUCAUUGCGUGCAAAGAAGUAAAACGCUAUUAUUGGUAAGACGGCGAUGGGAUAACGAAUGUUGGGAACCUUUCGUCAAACAGAUUGCCAGUGGUUGUGAUUGCAUGUGGCCAGUUUCUGUUCUCGGAGAUAUAACUGAUCAUUAUUAAUCUCUAUUUUGAAACUAUAGAUGGAGCAGAAAAGUUAACAAUUAAAGAAUGAAAAUAUCAAUUUUUUUUACCACUAUUUAAUUGAUCAAUCAUUUGCUGAAGCAAUUGAAAUUAUUAUGCAUAUUAUAUAAAAUUAUAAUCUAUAUUAUCUGUUCAUUAAAGUUAUUUAUUUUAUUUUUGUUUAUAUGGUUAAGUGCUUAAAAAAAUAAAGAA